UUCGCAAAUUAAUUGGUGCGUGAACAAAGAACCUUUUCUGCAGCUUCAUGAAUGUUGGCUUUAUGUUUUUUUUUUUUCUUCCCAAGUAGGAUUUUACGAAACAGCUGUAGCGCAUGCUGACCACUGGCAAAGCGAUAACACACUCCGGGGGAGGGCCUACGCGGGCACAGGACCCCGGGAUCACCAGGGGGCUGCCCCCCAGCCCGGCUCUCCCGCGGUCCCGGCUGGGGCCCGGCCGCCCCUCCCCCGCUCGCGGCUCGGGUUUCAGCCUUCCGAGUUGAGCAAACUUGCCGCAGGCGGAUUGGCGGCGGGCAGCGCCCGGGCUGCGGCGUCGUCCCCGCGCCCACCGCUCCUUUGUGUCCCGCGGCCGCCGCCCGGGCUCGUGGCGGGCGGCCCGCUCCCCUGCGCCGCGGACUCCCGGGGGGGACACGUGCGGGGCCGGGUCACCGCGCGGCGGAGGCGGAGCCGGGGAGGCCAGGGGCGGCGACCGGGGAUCCGCAGCGCUGCCCGCGCCCCCGCCGGCCGCUCGCCCGGGCCGCUCCGCUCAGCGUCGGCGGCGCCGCGGUGCAGGCGCACGAGGGCCGCGGCCGGGCAUGAGCUGAUUGCGAGGAGAGGUCGCCCCGGCCCCCGCGAGGCCGCCCGCUGCCGUCUCCCCGCCGCCCUGCCAGCCGCGAUCAUGUCCAUCCACAUCGUGGCGCUGGGGAACGAGGGCGACGCGUUCCACCAGGACAGCCGGCCGUCGGGGCUCAUCCGCACCUACCUGGGGAGAAGCCCGCUGGUGUCGGGGGACGAGAGCAGCUUGUUGCUGAACGCGGCCGGCACGGUGGCGCGCCCGGUGUUCACCGAGUACCAGGCCAGCGCAUUCGGGAACGUCAAGCUGGUGGUGCACGACUGUCCCGUCUGGGACAUUUUUGACAGUGACUGGUACACAUCCCAAAACCUAAUUGGGGGUGCUGACAUCAUUGUGAUCAAAUACAAUGUAAAUGACAAGUUUUCAUUCCAUGAAGUAAAGGAUAAUUAUAUUCCAGUGAUUAAAAGAGCAUCAAACUCAGUUCCAGUAAUCAUUGCUGCUGUUGGGACCAGGCAAAAUGAAGAGUUACCUUGUACAUGUCCCCUGUGCACCUCAGACCGAGGGAGCUGUGUUAGUACCACAGAAGGGAUCCAACUUGCCAAAGAGCUCGGAGCUACAUAUCUGGAACUCCACAGCCUUGAUGACUUCUACAUUGGAAAAUAUUUUGGAGGAGUGUUGGAGUAUUUUAUGAUUCAAACCUUAAAUCAGAAGACAAGUGAAAAAAUGAGGAAAAGGAAAAUGACCAACUCCUUCCAUGGAAUUCGACCGCCUCAACUUGAACAACCAGAAAAGAUGCCUGUCUUGAAAGCUGAGGCAUCGCACUACCACUCUGACUUGAACAACUUGCUCUUCUGCUGCCAGUGUGUGGACGUGGUGUUUUACCACCCGGAAGUGACAGGCAUCGUGGAGGCCCACAAAAUCGUUCUCUGCGCUGUAAGCCACGUUUUCAUGCUGCUGUUCAAUGUGAAGAGCCCUACCGACAUUCAGGAUCCCAGCAUCGUCCGAACCACCCAGGACCUCUUUGCCAUAAACAGAGAUGCAGUGUUUCCAGGUGCUAGCCAGGAAUCUUCCAGCAACCCGCCACUGCGCGUCACUGUGAAGGAUGCCCUCUUCUGCUCCUGCUUGUCGGACAUUCUGCGCUUCAUUUAUUCAGGUGCUUUCCAGUGGGAGGAGCUGGAAGAAGACAUCAGGAGGAAGCUGAAGGAUUCAGGGGACGUCUCCAGUGUCAUCGAGAAAGUUAAAUGCAUUUUAAAAACACCAGGGAAGAUCAAUUGCCUGAGGAAUUGCAAGACCUACCAAGCCAGGAAGCCUCUGUGGUUCUAUAACACUUCGCUCAAGUUUUUCCUUAAUAAACCGAUGCUUGCCGAUGUCGUCUUCGAAAUACAAGGAGCAACUGUGCCGGCCCACAGAGCCAUCCUGGUGGCCCGAUGCGAAGUGAUGGCGGCCAUGUUUAAUGGUAAUUACAUGGAAGCCAAGAGUGUCCUGAUUCCAGUUUACGGCGUCUCCAAAGAGACUUUCCUGUCAUUUUUAGAAUACUUAUACACAGACUCUUGUUGCCCAGCUGGCAUUCUCCAGGCCAUGUGUCUCUUGAUCUGUGCUGAGAUGUACCAAGUCUCCAGGCUACAGCAUAUCUGUGAGCUCUUCAUCAUCACGCAGUUGCAGAGCAUGCCCAGCAGAGAGCUGGCCUCCAUGAACCUCGACAUCGUGGACCUGCUCAAAAAGGCCAAGUUUCACCAUUCUGACUGCCUUUCAACAUGGCUGCUUCAUUUCAUUGCCACUAACUACCUCAUAUUCAGCCAAAAGCCUGAAUUUCAAGAUCUUUCAGUGGAAGAACGAAGUUUUGUUGAGAAGCACAGAUGGCCAUCAAACAUGUACCUGAAGCAGCUGGCGGAGUACAGGAAGUACGUCCACUCCCGGAAAUGUCGAUGUUCAGUCAUGUGACCUGAGCUUUUAUAUACAUACACUUUUUUAUUAUUAUGAAGAAUGGGUACCUCUGGGUUCCAGUAAAAUUCUUAUAACUAAAUUAGUAUGGAAUUUUCAAAAGUCACCAUACAGCUUCUUAUUACCUGUCUUUGAAGGACUGUGGUGGCCUUAAAAGGGAGCACUGUCUACAGACUUUAAUGCUUCCCUGAGAAUAUAAGAUGGUUGGACAGUGGCUUCUCCUCUAGGUUGCCCCAUUGCUUUAAUAACACUAAGACCUCUCCUA